AUGACUGAGCACACACCUAAUAUCGCCGAGCCUAUCUCCAAGCUCGACGACGAUCUGGAAGUGGGGGACGACUGGUCUGGGCUAAGCGAUCCCACUGAACGGCGGCGACGGCAGAACCGCAUCAACCAAAGGGCAUAUCGCAAACGCAAGCGAUUACAGUCAACCAAAGAUGUCCACCCUAAGAGCCUAAUACCAUCGCCUCCUUCUACCGCUACCUCCAAAUUGCAACAAUCUUCUUCCCCAAACGAACAAAAGCCCAGCCUCUGCCGUAGUCAUACAUCCAUAAAAGCUCUACUCGACCGCUUUGCCAAAUCGGCAUUUGAAAGCUAUGCACGGGGCAACCCGACCGCCGAUCACCUCAUGACACUGACCAAAGUCAACGUCUUCCGGGCGUUUGCGCAAAACUUACGACUGAUCGGUUGGUCGGAGUACUGGAUGGCCGAUGAUGCGAUUUCGCGAUUCAACACAGCCCUACCACAAGAUUCACGAACCCCAGAUGAACUCAGUUGCAUUCCUAUAAACCUCCAGCCUACUCGAAUUCAGAAAACUAGACCCCACCAUCCAUGGCUUGAUUUUUUUCCUUCGCCUAAGAUGCGCGAUAACCUCAUUGAAGCCGGUGAUGACUGGAACGAUGAACAGUUGUGCCAUGAUAUCAUGGGGUUCUGGGGUGAAUCGGGGAUAGAUGGUGGGUUGCUGGUGUGGGGGGAGCCUUGGGACGUGCGGAAUUGGGAAAUGACUGAGUCAUUUUUGAAGAAAUGGCAAUGGGUUGUUCGAGGGUGUCCUGAGUUGAUGAAUGCAACAAAUAGUUGGCGGGCUCGUCGCGGCGAAAAACUGAUAUUUCGCUAUAUUUAA